UGCUAAAGAAUUCUGAUGUUAUAUGUGGAGGUAGACUGUAAAGAUGAUGCGAUGAUUGCUACGUAAAUUGGCCAGAUCUGCACCUUUAUGCAGGAAACUUGUGUCGGAUGGGGCAGGUCAAACCCCCCCCCCCCCAUUUUACCUCCAUGGUGCAACCUGGUCACUGUGAGGACUAGCCAUGUUAUAUCGGGCAUCAGCCUGGUUUACGAGCUAAGGUCUGAGCAGUGAGCACGGACGGCUCAGAGCUAAAGAGGGAGGGCUGAGGACGGAGAGCUUCAGCUCUGGGGGCUGAGGAGGGAGGGUUGAGGACUAAGAGGGAGGACCUUGUGUAUAGCUGGUGCUGCUAAUGAUACACGUUCUGUGCAGCAGGAAACAACGAGCAGCGGCAGAAGAAAAGGAGCAGGGCGGGCCCGAGAAGCCACAUAUACACAGUGUCAGACUCCUCGCUGCCUGAGUGUCCCUUUGUCCCUCCUCUCUCCGCACAGCCCCAAUGACAGCGGGGACCCCCGGACCCAUGCCAUCCUGAUCCUGGCCCCAGCAUGCCGGACACAGAGCCGGACAGAGGCAAGAAAGGCCAGCCGGAAGGGGAGCGAGCAGAACCGGCUGGCAGCCAGCAUGGCACGACUGGGGUACUGGAUAAACUUUUCGGGAAGCGUCUUCUGCAAGCUGGUCGAUAUAUCACAUCCCACAAAUCCUGGAUGAGGACCGUGCCCACAGAAAACUGUGAUGUUGUUAUGACAUUCUCUGAUAACACAGAUGACCACACUCUGCUGUGGCUACUCAACCAUGUACGCCUGGGGUUACCAGAACUUAUUAUGCAGAUUCGACACCACAGACACACCGGGAUCUACGCCUUCUUUGUAACUGCCACAUAUGAAAAUUUGCUCCGCGGUGCGGAGGAGCUCGGACUUCGUAAGCCAGUAAAAACAGAAUUUGGAGGUGGAACACGGGUCUUCUCAUGCGAAGAAGAUUAUAUUUAUCAGAACAUUGAAAAUGAACUCAUUUUUUUCACAUCUCAGGAACGUCAAAGCAUCAUCCGAUACUGGAUGGAAAACCUCCGAGCCAAACAAGGAGAAUCCCUGCACAAUAUCCACUUCCUUGAGGGCCAGCCAAUUAUCCCAGAGCUGACAGCCCGUGGGGUCAUUCAGCAAGUGUUCCCCAUCCAUGAACAAAGAAUAUUAAACCGACUUAUGAGGUCCUGGGUCCAAGCAAUCUGUGAAAAACAACCCCUUGAUGAAAUUUGUGACUAUUUUGGGGUGAAAGUUGCCAUGUAUUUUUCCUGGAUGGGGUUCUACACCUCCUCACUUGUUUAUCCAGCUGUCUUUGGCAUGAUGCUCUGGCUCAUCACUGAGUCUGACCAGACAAGCCGUGACAUUUGCUGUGUUGUCUUUGCCCUUUUCAAUGUUGUUUGGGCUACACUAUUCUUAGAAGGAUGGAAACGGAGAGGGGCAGAGUUGGCGUACAAGUGGGGGACCCUGGACACCCCUGCUGAGUUUAUUGAGGAGCCAAGACCCCAAUUUAGGGGUGUCAAGAGGAUCAGUCCAGUUACUAACUGCGAAGAGUUUUACUAUCCACCAUGGAAACGCCUUUUGUUCCAGUCCUUUGUCAGUCUCCCUGUCUGUGUCUUCUGUCUGUGUUUUGUCUUUGUGGUGAUGCUUGCCUGCUUUGAGCUUCAGGAGUUUAUACUUAGUAUCAAGGAGCUCCCACGAGCUGUACGUUUCUUUCCCAAGAUUCUCCUGGCCGUUAUUGUUAGCUCUUGUGACGAAGUUUACAGGAAGAUUGCCUACUGGCUAAAUGAUAUGGAAAAUUAUCGUUUACAGAGUGCCUACGAGAAACAUCUCAUCAUUAAAAUUGUUUUAUUGCAGUUUGUAAAUUCCUACCUGAGUCUUUUCUACAUUGGUUUCUACCUCAAGGACAUGGAGCGACUGAAGGAGCUGCUCGUCGUUUUCUCUCUCCCCCUUAGCUUCACUCGUCAGGUUAAAGAUGCCCUACUCCCUUUCCUCUCACUCCAGUUUCACCUGUUCCUCAUCGUCCUCAGGGCACUUCUCAGAUCAGCCCGGUGCCUCUUCAGAUCUAAAAUGCUUGCUACACUCCUGGUCAUUCGUCAAUUCCUGCAGAAUGUGAAAGAAGUCUCCCAACCUCACCUUUACCAGAAACUGCAGCGGGGAGAGCUAAAUCCACGGUCAAUAUUGCUCUUUGUUCGCUAUGCCCUGAAGAGGUUGUUUCAGAAAUACACUCUCCCUCAGCACCCAUUAAGGACUUCUGGGAACCCACUGGAGACGGCUGAAGGUGGGCGCAAGAAGUGCCUCAAUGGAGGGUGUGGAGUACCUGAAGAAGAGGAGGAAGGAGUGUUCUCCGAAGAUGAGGAAGAGGAUGAAGAAGAAAGUAUUAUGGAUUGUGGACUGAAAUUAAAAAGAGUUAGCUUUUUGGAGAAAGGGGAGAGGAAAGAGGAAGGUGGUCUAAUAGAAGAGGGGGGUGGCUUUUUACAGGAGGGUAGUCCUACCCUUAUGGAGAGAGGUAGUGACCCAGCUUCAGUCUUCCAACUGGGGGAUGAAGAAGAUGAGGAGGAAGAAGGGGCAAGUGGUGGUGGAGUUCUGCAUGAGGGAUUAGAGCAAGAGUCUGGGGUAAAACUGAGGCAGCACAGAAAGAGAAGGAAGAGGGUUGUUGUGGAGGAAGAGAAAAAUAGGGAAGACGAGGAGGAUGAUACAGAGAUGAAGCAGAAAAGAGAAUCAUGGAUUGACCCUCCAGAAGAUAAUUAUUCAACUAAGCUUAGUCAGGCUGAGGUGGAAAGUUGUAUGAAGAAAUAUGAGGACACUUUCAAUGAUUACCAAGAGAUGUUUGUGCAGUUUGGGUACGUUGUCCUCUUCUCCUCGGCCUUCCCCUUGGCUGCUGUCUGCGCCCUGAUCAAUAACAUAAUCGAGAUCCGCAGUGAUGCCUUUAAGCUGUGCACUGGGCUUCAGAGACCAUUUGGACGUCGUGUAGAUGGGAUAGGACAGUGGCAAAAUGUGAUGGAAGCAAUGGGGGUUAUAGCCAUUAUUGUAAACUGCUACUUAAUAGGCCAAUGUGGACAACUGCAAAGACUGCUGCCCUGGCUGGGGCCAGAAACAACAAUCAUAUUUAUUGUGGUGCUUGAGCACUUUGCUUUGCUCCUGAAGUAUAUCAUACAUGUGGUGAUCCCAGAUAUCCCUGGAUGGGUGGCAGAGGAAAUGGCAAAACUGGAAUAUCAGAGGAGAGAGGCUUUUAAGAAACAUGAGCGACAAGCUCAGCAUCGCUACCAGCAGCAACAACGCAGGAAGCGUGAGGAGGAGGAGAGACAGCGCCAUGCUGAUUACCAUGCGCGGAAGGAGCGGGAAUCUCGAGGGGAGGAUGGAAAGAACUCUGGACAAGAUUCCCAGACUCAUGAAAAGAACUCCAGCAAAACCAAGCAAGGUGGCGCUCCUGGAGGGAGCAGCCAUGACAAGCCGAAAAGACCCAGCUCCCUUUUGGCCAGCAAUAAUGUGAUGAAACUUAAGCAAAUUAUCCCCCUGCAAAGCAAGUUCUUAUCAGGGACCAAUGCCAAAUCUCCACAAUCCCCUCCUGCGGCAGACACCAAAAUCCCCAGCUUUCUGAGCUUCAAAUUUCUCAAAUCUCCUGAAACAAAACGAGAAUCUUCCCAAGAGAGAGCCCAUUCUCCAACGAAGCCUUUCCACCCAGGCAAGCUUUUUAACUUUGGCGGCAAGGGUGAAGGACAAGUGGGUGGCAAUGGUAUUGGUGCACCCAUAUCAACACAGCCAAGAGGAGCUACAGCUGGGACUGCCUCCUCUGAUGGUACAGUGCCAGGUAAAUCCCAGCUCAAUGGGAUUUCAGAGGACAGACCCUCAGAGGAGGGUGAGGAACAAUCCAGGGCACAAAAACAAUAACAGUGCUUUCCUCCCACGGAAAAAGGGCACAGAGGCACUGCUGGAGGUGGGUUGUUAUAUGAAAGAAAAGUUCUCCAGCUGCAGAAAGGAAUGGGGGGUACUGGCCUGGAAAUGCUAUCAUUGCACUGGUACAGCUUGCUGCAUACAUGAGUAUCACUGUAAGGCAAGAAGGUGCUGCAUUGCGUAAUGAAAUAUGUUAUCUGUGAAAACUUCCAGCUUUCCUAUAGAGAGGCUUUCUGAACCAUCUAUUGAUGACCAGUAUAUCUACUUACUGGCUAGUGCUAAGUGGAUAUUACUGGUCUUUUAUGCAGGGAGUUUGUUGCAUUAUGCAGCAUUAGAGUAACACCAUUAACAAUGAGUUUGUUUUUGGAGUAAGGGAUUUCUCAAGUUCCAAUACAGAUGUUCCUGUGCAGUUACUAUACUGAAGUUUAGGUCAUUGCUGAGUAUCUCUAUAACAGUGGCCUAAUUUGGCCUUUUUCCACUUGAUUGGUUAAAAAGUUUAAAGUAGGAUCUUAUAGAACGGCUUGGAGGGAAGUUGUAUGUGGUGGUUUGUUGGUGGUGACCUGUCUCGUGCAGUGCCUUAUUCCAGGUCUGCUGUGGAGCAGGCCAUAUCACCACAUGUAAGAAAAUUCUGAGCUUAGCUCUUCCUUAGACCCGAAACUCACCCAAAUAAUACAGUUAUUUGUUUUCUUAAAGUUGAUGCAGCACAGCCUUUUUUGAGGGGGGAAGGGUGUAGAAGACAGGGAUUUAGUAAUGUCCAAUUAUUUCAGAAACCAUUCUUGGCAUGACUAUAAGUGAAAAAAGGUAUUAUUUUCUGACCCCUGAAAGACACUAUAUUGUCUGUGUGUCAAAAAAGGGGAAAAUGGUAACUUCCAAUUUAAAAAUCACUCUACCUUCCCAUAAGCUCCCCUUUAUCUGAGAGGGAAGGUUAGAACAGGACAUGAUUCUUGGAAUGUUGCUCCUCAAACAGCAAUCAUUAUUUAGUGUUAGAGGAGUCACAAAAGAUUAGUGCCUACAAACAUGUUCCACAGUGUAGGCUCAGUACAGGUCUUUCUCAAGCUAUCCUGGUAACAGACUAUGCUUUCUUGCUUUUUCCUUUGUCAUUUAGUAGGAAUAUCUGUAAUAUUUAAACAUAAAAGAAGGGUAUGCCAACAUGAGUUCUAUAUAUUGGUGGCCUCUAAAAGAACAAAUGAAGCAGAAAAGUGGAGGGAUAUAGUUUUAGCUGUGUGGACUUUUUAAAGGUGAAAAUAUACCUGCCAAUCUACAUAUGCAAGAAGAAGCCACAAAGCAGUAAAUCUUUAUUAAGAAGUGUACGGUCUGUUGGUGGAACAGGGAAAGUCAGUAAAGGAUAGUACAUGUUGUGGCAAAGUCUCCUGAAGACUUGAUUGUGUUUUUAUUGGGUACAAGAAGUAAGAAUAAAUAGACCAGAGUAUGAGGCUGCUACAAGUAGGAUGUAAAAUGGAUAUGAGUCUUGUGCUUCUGGUGACCAUCCAGUUUGUAUAGUACACUAUUAAUUUCAGCGUGAUAAGGGUGCAUCAGAUAUUGACGGGUUUCUCUUGUAGUUUUUAUUCUUUUAAUAUAGGAGGUGUGUUUGGGAGGAUGUCUGAGCAGGCAUACCUACAUGUAUCUGCUAUAAGUGCACAAUAUAUGUUUUGUAACUACUCAGCAGUGUCUUUGGUUAUCUGUUUCAUGGUUCCCCACAAGGAUCCUUUCCAUUGCACAAAGGGAUGUGUUGAUGGAUGUGACCGUUUCUAAUUUAGUUGGAUGUGAGUCAGGCAGACUGUAUUAGAUGAAAUCUAGACCCUUUUCUUUUUGGAAAAACAGAAACGUAUGUCUGCACUCUUAGAUAGAUGAUAUUUAAUAUGUUUAUUUUUUUUUAUUAAAUGGACCUGACUCAUAUGCGAUGGUAUGGUGCAGCUUUGCAGAUAAUAGAUUUUUCAUAUUGCUAAACCAUGUCAUAUUAAAGAGCUUUGUGAGCUCAGGAAAGAGCUAGUAAGUUCAGAGGUAUAGACAGUAUUUCUACAAACAUCCAGUAGGAAGACAUAUUGCCUUGGACAUAGGAGCAUAUUUUGUAUUAUGUAGCUUGUGUAUUAUGACUUUGUGGGAAGAUCUUGGCAACCUGUGAGAUAUGGAGCACAGAAAGGGACAGUCAGAGGCCAUUGUGCUAAAUGUAUUGCCUGUAUGCAAGAGAUAAAUACGUGUAUCUAUUUAGAAAGAGGGUUGUAUUGAUUAUAGCAACCCAACUGAAUUCUGUUUGGGAAGAAUGCAGCUCCUUUGUGGUUUUGAAAUCUUUUAAGACUGAAAUUUCAUGUACAGGCAUGGGACCUGCUAUCCAGAAUGCCCAGGACCUGGGGUUUUCCAGAUAAGGGAUCUUUCCGUAAUUUGUAUGCCAUAAGUCUACUAAAAAAAUAAUUUAUACGUUAAUUAAACCCAGUAGGAUUGUUUAGACGCCAGUAAGGACAUCUUAAUUCAAAUCAAAUACAAGGUACUGGUUUAUUAAAACAGGUUUUUAAAAGAAAAUAUUUUUUUCAUUUGAAUCAUUUAAUUAAAAUGGAGUCUGUGGAGAGAUGGCCAUUCCAUUAAUCUGAGUUUUCUGAAUAAUGGGUUUCCGGAUAACGGAUCCUAUACCUGUAUAUAUUUAGUUCUGAUAACAUCCUACAACAUAGACAACAAGUGCCAACAAUGCAGUGCAGGUCUCUUCCGAUUUUGUUUAUGUUAAUUUUAAUUAAAAAAAAGUUCCAGUCCCAAUUAGAAGGCCAUUCAUUAGUGAAGCUUGUCACCCUGACCAUAUCUAGAUUUAAUUCAAAGUGGAACUGAGCCUUUCUAAGGGGGGUUUCUUUCAGAGGUCACCAAAGUGGUGGAAGUGGUACUGCCACAAGGACUCCAACGAUAUUCUAUAAACCUAAUGUGUAUUUUGCUGAACAUAAAUGAAGACUAAUAACCCUACAAAGGGCUCUCUACUCUCCCCAGGAGAAAGGAGUCUGGUGCUAGUUAAGUUUGUGGAUAAGAUGAAUUUCUAUGUUUGUUAUGAAUGUAACACAGGUGAGACUUGCAGCACUCGAGAGGAUAGGAGGUUAUGAAUAGGUACCAGCUACAAUGAUUUCCAGUGCAUUGUAUUAGAUUGCAAGUGACGUUUUCUUGCCGCAGUUUCUAUUUCAUUACCAUAUGAACCUCCAGCACCCUACAUGAAAGGUUUCUGCAUGUUAUCAAAUGAAAACAAUUCAUCUCAGAUUAAAAAAUAUCAUAACUAUGCAACUUUCUUUUAAUUAGGGCUAAGAUUAUGAGGCUAAUAAUUGGGCUUUUCCUUACGCUAGACAACAUUACUGUGUGCAAUGUACCAUACCCCACAAGGCAUCAGCUGUGGGAAACCGUUCCUUUUAUUCAAGCAUGUGAAAUGGGAUCUUGAGCCUCGUAAGAAGCUACAUAAAUGGGGCAAGCUAAAUGCAUUAUGUAAGCAACGAUGUAACAUGAAUGCGCUUCAAGGAAUGUGAUGUAAACAGCAGGGCUGGUUAAAGGCACCGGGCACAUGUACUAAACCAGGGAUUCCCAUACAGUGAUCAAUAUCAGUGAAUGUGACCAUAAUCCAGCCAUUUUAUCUUAUUGUAUUAGAGCUUAAAGGUCCAGUAACACCAAAUAAUGAAAACGAUUUCUUUAAGUAUUCUUAGCCUGCAUCCAACAUGGCACUCACUACUAGCAUUUUUAGUAUUACUGUUUCUUCCAACCAGGGUGUGGGCUCUAUUAGUUCGCAUCCCCCCAGUGUAGGAAAUACUUUUCU